GCUUUCUGCGGGUGUGGGUGUGUCCUAGGUUGCAAUCACUAGUAGUGCCCACUUGCUUGCGUGUCGGAGAAUUUGAACGGUGAGGGCGGCCGUGUCGGCUAGCGGAGGCGGAUGAGGUAACGCUAGAAUCAUCUUCAUCUUACGAUAUUCAAUCUCAUGUGAGUGACAUUGCAGUCCAUCCCACCACUACAACCUGGAUUCAUAAGCAUAGACCGAGACCAUGACAACUGAAGCAAGUCCUGCCGUUGAAGUUAAUGAUUCUGAAAAACCUGAAAGUAAGAAUGAGCCAUCAGGAAACCCAAAUGAGGAGGGCCAGCAGGCAGAAGGAAACACGGAUAUAGCCGCUAACGGCUCUGAAAAUGAAAACCCUGGAGAGUCUGACCAAGUGAAUGCUACUGAAGAACCCUCUUCCCCCAGCAGUCCUACAGAGAAGAGCCCAGGAAAGCCAAAAAAGGAAAAGGAGCCACAUGAAGGCAAAGGCAUUUCACGCUUUCUCCCACCAUGGCUCAAAAAACAGAAAUCCCUAAGCCAAUCUGACUCUAAGGAAGAUGACAAAGAUAAUGUGGCAGAGUCGUCUGAUGAAAAGCAUGUGACAGAUCAACAAGUGAACAGCCAUGAUGAAAAAUCAGAAGGGGAUAAAGCUGUGGAGGCUGCAGCAGAGAGUAAAGAGGAUAAACUUCCAGUGUGCAAUGCAGAGCCUUCAAAAGAGGAGAACCUAGGAACAGAAAAGGUGGAAGAGGUGAAAAAUGUAGAACACAAGGUGAUAAAAGUGAAUCCGUCUGAAGCCAAGAAGGAGAGUUCUUUCAAAUCCCCAAGAAAAAUUAAAACUGUGCCAUGUAGAGUGAUCUUACUGGAUAAAACGGAAUACACUUGUGAUGUCGAGAAACGUGCUAAGGGCCAGGUGCUGUUUUCCAAGGUCUGCGAACAUCUCAACUUACUUGAAACUGAUUAUUUUGGAUUGGUCUUGGUCUAUCAGGAUAAUUCUGAGCACAAGAACUGGCUGGAUCCUGCAAAGGAAAUUAAGAGGCAAAUUAGAAGCUCCCCUUGGCAAUUUGUAUUUAAUGUAAAGUUCUACCCUCCGGAUCCUUCUCAGUUAACUGAAGACAUUACAAGAUAUCACCUGUGCCUUCAGCUGCGUCAGGACAUUGCUUCUGGACGUCUGCCAUGUUCCUUUGUGACGCAUGCUCUUCUUGGUUCGCUCACGCUUCAGGCUGAGGUGGGAGACUAUGAUGCUGAGGAGCAUAGCGCUGACUAUAUCAGCGACUUUCAGUUUGCACCCAAUCAGACAAAAGAACUGGAAGAGAAAGUUGUGGAACUGCAUAAAACACACAGGGGGCUUACACCAGCACAAGCAGAUAUUAAUUUCUUAGAAAAUGCAAAGAAAUUGUCAAUGUACGGCGUGGAUCUGCAUCAUGCCAAGGAUUCUGAAGCUGUGGAUAUCAUGCUAGGUGUUUGUGCAAAUGGAUUACUUAUUUACAAGGACAGACUUAGAAUUAAUCGUUUUGCGUGGCCCAAGAUUCUUAAGAUUUCCUACAAACGCUACAAUUUUUUCAUUAAAGUGAGACCUGGUGAGCUGGAACAAUUUGAGAGCACAAUCGGAUUUAAACUGCCAAACCAUCGAGCAGCCAAAAGGCUGUGGAAAGUGUGUGUUGAGCACCAUACAUUUUACAGGCUCUCCUCAAUCGAGCAGCCACCAAAGGCCAAGUUCUUGACUCUGGGAUCGAAGUUUCGUUAUAGUGGUCGCACACAAGCUCAGACAAGAGAUGCAAGUAUGAGAAUAGACAGACCUGCACCAUAUUUUGAGCGUACAUCCAGCAAACGUGUCUCAAGGAGUCUUGAUGGAGCUCCGAUGGGAAGCAUCACAGACCAGAGUCUGCUGAAAAACGUCCCUGAUGAUAAAGUAGUCGGUGCUAUUGAUGGUGUUGUCUCAGGAUCAGAGGGUGUGACGCUUGAACCUCAUGAUGGAAAAGCACAUAUUGGCACUGGAUUUGCACUCACCAAUGAUUCCAAGCUCAGUCACCCCUCAUCACAAUCACCCACUCACUGCUCUCAUACCAUACUUGAAAACUUGCCAACCAUCCCUGAGAUAGAUGUAUUUUCAGACAUUUCAGAGGAUGAUGCGUUGGGAGAACAGCAUGAUGAACCUUCUAGUGGUUUAGAGGUUAACAUCUGUGACAAUAAUACAGAUGGCAUGUUUCCAGAUCAGGACAAUAUACCAACUAAAAUAUCACAAUAUUCCACUGAUGCAGGCAGCCACAUUUCUCAUCUAGAUUGUAGUAACAACCAUUCUAUAAAUUGUAAGAAAAUUGAAUUUUUCUUCUCGUUCAGCUUUUGUAAGAUUUUUCCUUUAAAACUCCCUUCUUUGCUUGACGAGGAUGGGUACAUCAGUUUCCCAAGUCUCCCAGAUGUCUGUGUCUCUUUCCUCCCACCAGGCUUCCAACGCUAUAUCCAAAUUACAUCCCCUUCCUUCAUUCCUUCUUUCCUUCUCAUCUUUGUGCUGCUUCUUUCCACCUCCCAGUCUGUGCCAUUUUCAUUGACCCUUUCCCUUCCUCUCGCUCUGUCCCUCUGCUACCUUGAGCCUAAGGCGACAUCAUGGGGCUCCUUUUAUGACCAUGACCUGAAUAACAAAGCAGAGGAAGAGCUGGAAAAGGAAGAGGAUGAGAGCCUGGAACAGGAUUUGGAUAAGUCUCCAGAGGAAAUAUUGAAACAUCAGGCUAGCAUUAGUGAGCUCAAGCGCAGUUUCAUGGAAUCCACCCCAGAGCCUCGUCCCAAUGAAUGGGAAAAGCGUUGUAUCACACCUUUAUCCCUGCAAGCACAAGGGAGCUUAGAAGAAGAGAUAACAUCAAUUCUGUUUAGUAAAGAAAGCUUUGCCACCUUCACCACAUCUAAUCAGCGGACCAAAGAGGAAAAUGUAGUGACUGAUAGCCUUCCUUCUGAUUUGCUUAGUGUUUCCCAUUCGCCUCCACUGCCUGAGAAACUUUUACCCAGAACAAGAGGGAUGCGCACUGGACUCAGUGAUGCUCUUGAGAACUCAAAUGAGGUAGAGAACAUAGAGGACGAAAAUCAGUCAGAUUCUGACACUAAAAACACUUUGGGUACUGAAGACCUCAAACCUGAGAUAAAUGGAGAUAUUGAACACCCUAAUGAUACGAGUGAGCAGACUGAAGAAGUUAAAGUACUGGAUAAAAAUGAGACCAAAUCGGUGUCAUCUUAUGAUGAUAGUAGUAGUGAAAGUGAAAAUGAAGUAGAAUACAAAGCUGAACACAGGUUACCUGAGCAUGUUCUUCAGGAAGAACCGGAAGAAAGUGCAGAAGUAAAGGAAGAUGAACUAUUAGAGGAGUCUCAGGGUUUUGUAAGUGAAGACCACACUGUGAGCAUUACUGUUACUCAGAUCCAAGAAAAGACAGAAAUUGUGUCCCAGGAAAUCACAGUUGCUACCUAUGAAAGUGAAGAGAAGGUUGUAGAGGAUGACCAUGAAGUUCUUGAAGAGGAAAAUAACAAAAUUAAUGGGGAUGUGUCCCAUAUUGAUGUUGACGCUUCUGCUCAAAUAAUCUGUUGCUCUGAGCCUCCAGUAGUGAAAACAGAGAUGGUCACCAUUUCUGAUGCCACACAAAGAACUGAAAUCUCCACAAAAGAAGUCCCAAUUGUACAAACAGAGACAAAAACAAUUACAUUUGAAUCUGCUCAGGAAAUUGGCAGUGGGGACGGUGAACCUGGCAUUUUAUUAAGUGCCCAAACCAUCACUUCGGAUUCAGUCUUAACAACUACAACAACACACAUCACAAAGACCGGGAAAGGUGGAAUAUCUGAAACAAGAAUUGAAAAGCGUAUAGUUAUUAGUGGGGAUUCUGACAUUGACCAUGAUGAGGCAUUAGCACAAGCAAUAAAGGAAGCCAAAGAGCAACACCCUGAUAUGUCGAUUACUCGUGUGGUGGUCCACAAGGAGACUGAGGUUACUGAAGAAGAAGAUGAAGACCAACAGUAAGAAUAAACCCAGAGCAGGUGUCACAGAAUGAAGAAAUUUGACACGUCCUGCUGCUAACAUUGCUUUGAAUUGACCAGGUUUGGCAAGCAUGAUGGGACGCCUGAAGGCUAAGAUGCCAACAUACAACCUCAGCUUAACAUCUCUGACCUGUGCUGUUUCCACUUCUGUUUUUAUAACCACUUCCUAACAUCCAUAGCUUUUUAGUAUAGAUAUGUUAUGCACAACUACUUGCUAUUUUUGUAAUUCUUGGCUAUCCGUUUGUGAACAAUAACCCUUUAUAAAACGGACCUCUGAACAGAGGGUACCGAAAACCUUUGUAACUAAUGUAGAAUAUUUUUUCCUUUUUUUAUUUUUACUAUUGUCUUAAUAAAUUCCUCUUAUUGGGGUAUAUAAUUACAAAUUAUUCAGGUAAAUUUAUUGUUUAGAAGAAAAUGUUUUGUAUACAUUUCUUAAAUUUCCGGUUUCACAUUUCUUGGUGUUUUUCUACCUUCAGUUGUCUUUUAAAGACUUUGGUUAGUCUUGAGAAAAAUUUAAACGGUUGCAGUGCAAUUUGAGAGCCUUGUGCAAAAGGAUUUCAGGCUAAACUUUUAUUGCUGCAUUGUAGAACACACCAGCAGAGGGAGUUCAGCUAGCUACUUUAAUCUGGUGCUGCUGCCAUUUUCUGCUUUUUCCCUUUCGGGAGUGAAAACACAAAACAUUCCAGAAAACAUGAUCUACAAAUGCACUUCUUUCCCAAAAAAGGAAGAAAAUGCAGUUUUGGCAGCUUAAAGCAAUGUUGUGCUAUUUUGUUAAAGUGUACGUAGCUAUAUGUUUGUUACAAAUUCACCUUUGUAAACACUUGCUUUUCUUUUUUUUUUUUUUUUAUGUCUUCAUCUUAAAACUGACAAAACUGAUAACAUUUUCUAGAUCUCUGUAAUGAUUUCAGUGGUGUUUUUUUAUGGUGCAGAAGGACAAGGCCUUGUCUGCAUUCACUGAACACAUCCACUUUGUUCACCACUAGUGAUGUGUAUUGAGCUCAUCUUCGCUUGACCUGUUGUUCACCAAGUGUAUAGUUACAAUCCCAAAUUAGAUUUAUAGCAGCUUCAAGUUGUAUUAAGAAUAUUUUGCUUUCUGUAAUACUGUUAAAAUAAAGUUUAUUCUGUUGAAUAUAUUAUGUUUUAAUUACUGUUUGAAAUGUAAAAAUAGUUCAAAAUAAAAAAAAUUGACAAGA